AACCGAACGUUUGACGUGCGUGUGUUUUUUGUUGAAAAUAAUUGAAGUGGAAUAAUUAAAUGUUUUCUGACGAGGAAAUAAAAGAAAACAGCCUCAUGCGGCCGGGAGAUGAGAUAAUAAGUAUACGGGAGGUAUGCCUCGUCGACAAGUACGAUAAAAAAUAUUUGGGCGGUGAAACAUUGCUUUCUACUUCAGGUCGAAAUGAUUUGGAGGUUCCUAGGUACCUCCGUGACAGUCUCUGUGAGGGUCUCGAGGCGAGAUUUGCGUGGACCGAAGAAGAUGGGAAUAUCGCUUCCUUAGUUUCUGAACCAGGGUUUGGAAGCGGAACCUUUGGCAAGAGCCUUGAUGCGACUUUAACUAGUGAAAUUAAGGAAGCUGACACCAGUUUUCCAUCUACCAGCAACACGUUUGAUGGAAAGUCUUUUGUGGAACCAUCUUUAGUGUCUUCUACGUCUUCUGGAUCCAGUCUGAACGCCUCGUCGGAACGUUCGAAACGCUCAUACAAAGUUGACAAAACCGACCCACGUUCAAGAUAUCACUACGUAAAAUACGUUAAAAGACACGGGCGCACCGUCAAACUCUGGGAGUGCGGAAUAUGUUCUAGGGAGUUUCAACAUCAGUAUACCUUAAUGCGUCAUCUCCCCACACACACGGACGAAAGGAAUUUCCACUGUGACGCCUGCGCUAAGAGCUUCCGUCAGCUGUCCACGCUCAGCCAACACAGAGCCAUACACUCCGCUGAGAGACCAUACGCCUGUGAGGUAUGCAACAAGACUUUCAAUCGAGUGUCAACCCUGAUCUCGCACCGCAAAACCCAUUCCAACGAGAAACCAUAUAGAUGCCACAUUUGUCCAAAAGGCUUCCAUCAAAAAGGAAAUCUCCGUAAUCAUUUAUUCACUCAUACCAAUGAGCGGCCCUACCGAUGUAAUAUUUGCAUGAAGGGCUUCAAUCAGCAGUCGAAUCUGGUGUGCCACAAAAAUAAGGCCCAUCCAGAAGAAAAUGGCAGCAGUAAUGGAAGAAAUGUGAAUCAGCCGCGAAGAGUUACACAACCUCAACCAGAACCACAGACGGACAAUAGAUCAUCACAGCAGUGUGAAGUGACGUCAUCAGUAGGUCCGUACAUACCAGAACCGAAGUCGUGGUCAAAUUCGAAACCAAGCUGGUUGUCGAAACCUGAUAAUGAUAUAUGGAAUGAGGUUUCGUGGGGUAACAAUGGGGUCAUCGUGGAUCCUAUAAACACUUAUCACAUGGGGGUUGCCAUAGCAACCAGACAGACUCCUUUCGCGCUACUAAAGUCUGAUACGGGAACUCCUGUGUUGGUGAAAGUAGUCGAUACAAAGCUUCCCGGCGGCAAACAGAUGCUAGUUCCGGCGACGGCAGAGGAUUUGCGUGUUGGUAGUAAAAUAAUUUUGGACAAUCAAGAAAGUCCUGCAGUGGAUGUCCAAUCUUCCGACGCUAACGCGGUUCAGAUCAGGGUGCCUGUUGUGGCGACUGUGGUCCCUAAAAUGAAACCGGGUGGUAGACUCCAGUUAUCAGUAGAAGAACCCCAUCAUUCAUACCAUUCAGCUCUACCGACUGACAUUGGUGAAGUGAAGGUAGAGCCUUGUACAAGUCCGGCAUCGAACCCGCUGCCUGAUGCCAAACAAGUCGAUGGAACAUUCCAACCGAGCAUAAAACCUGGUCGCUCAUGGAUCACACCGGCCUCCCCACCACUGGACCUCAUCCCCCUAGACCUGUUUGAGCCCAUGGGGUGUAUACCACUAGGGCCCCAAAUAACAUCAGUAGAUAUCGACCAGCCCCCACAUUCUGAUGAUUCUGACAUAUUUAUAGGAAAGUUCGAGGAAAGUAUCCCUUUAACUGAUUCUGACUGAGACCUUGCGAUUACAAGAUAAAUUUAGUCCUAAGAUUAAUAUUAUUGUAAAAUAUAUUUCGAGGAUUAUGUGAUUAUUUCAUUCUAUAUAAACCCAUCCAUUCCACUUGAUAACUAAUUCAUAUUUAGAACAACAAUACAGGUUACCGCCAAUAUUUGAAUUCAAAUUUCGUUUGUGUUCUAUAUUAAUGACAAGUCUUGUAAAUUAUUUUGCUAAUAUAUUUUUAUGAUUAUAAUCUCACCCUCUAUAACUAUGAGCAUGCAAUUUCCUUUCGCAGUGUAAAUAAUCCGGUAUUAUGAUGUAGCUAUGACGUGCCAUUAUAUAGUUUGAAUAUCGCAUUGUGACCGCCACGUGGACGGAAAUAGGCCCUUUGAGGGUCUGACAUAAAAUGCGUUGACGAUUGAACGCGAUAGAUGGCGCUAGUAGUAACAAGAAGUUUCAACUUGUUACAUUUUGACAAAAUAAUUCAAUAUUUCAGCUGUUAUUUUUAGUAUAAGAUGAUUGUGUUAUUAUAGACAACCUGAAAUCAUAGUCACAUUUAUAGUUUUGAAAUUUGAUUUGAAAUAUCUUGAAGAAUUAAUAGUUUUAUCCAAAAUUAUAUCAGUAGGAA